AAGAAGUGGUAGAAGGAUUUUGACCCCACAUAACCAAGAGCACCUCUUCCAGCAAACAUUUGUGUGUCUGAGAUUGCGAGUGACUGUGUUGUGUUAUUGUCUUCAGCUCCUUAUGGAGCUCUCUACUUCUUCUUCAUCUUCACUUUCUCUUCAUUCACAUUCCAUAAGGAAUUCAAUCUCAUCUACCAAGUUCACAACCCCUAAAGCUGCUUCUCUUUUGUUCUCUGGAUUUUCCAAACAUCUUUGUUCAAUUGGGCUUUAUCAUCAUCAUCAUCACACCACUUUUUCAACUCAUGUUCUAAGACCAAAGAGACAAUACAAUAGACCCAUUUCUAUCAGGGCCUGCAGUGAAGCUGGAGCUGUUGGAUCCGAUCCUCCAUUUCCUGAUAAAGUUGUAGAUUUGAAAGAUGCAUUCUGGAGAUUUUUAAGGCCACAUACUAUACGUGGUACAGCCCUAGGUUCUGCUGCUUUGGUGUCAAGGGCGUUGAUCGAGAACUCAAAUUUGAUAAAGUGGUCUCUUUUGCUCAAAGCAUUCUCUGGUCUUUUUGCUCUGAUUUGUGGGAAUGGUUAUAUAGUUGGCAUCAAUCAAAUAUAUGACAUUAGCAUUGACAAGGUAAACAAACCUUAUUUACCUAUAGCUGCAGGAGAUCUUUCUGUCCAAUCUGCAUGGUUCUUGGUUAUAUUCUUUGCAGCAGCUGGCCUAUCGAUUGUAGGAUUGAACUUUGGGCCCUUUAUUUUUUCUCUUUACUCACUUGGCCUUUUUCUUGGUACUAUCUAUUCCGUUCCUCCACUUAGGAUGAAACGCUUUCCUGUUGCGGCAUUUCUUAUUAUUGCUACGGUACGAGGUUUUCUACUUAACUUUGGUGUGUACUAUGCCACUAGAGCUGCUCUUGGACUUGCCUUUGAGUGGAGCUCUCCUGUGGUUUUUAUCACAACUUUCGUAACAUUUUUUGCAUUGGUAAUUGCUAUAACAAAAGAUCUUCCGGAUGUUGAAGGUGAUCGCAGGUAUCAGAUAUCGACCUUUGCUACAAAAUUAGGAGUUCGGAACAUUGCUUUCCUUGGUUCUGGAAUUUUGCUGAUGAACUAUGUUGUUACCAUAUUGGCUGCAAUUUAUAUGCCACAGGCUUUCAGGCGAUGGUUACUAAUACCAGCUCAUACAUUAUUUGCUUCAAGCUUGAUCUACCAGGUCCAGAUAUUAGAAAAAGCAAAUUAUACAAAGGAAGCAAUAUCAGGAUUCUAUCGAUUCAUUUGGAAUUUGUUCUAUGCUGAGUAUGCAUUAUUUCCUUUCAUUUAGCAAACUGUGCUGCAUUUUUUCUUGGAAAAAUUGCACACAUGCAUCUAGAAAUGUAGCGGUUUCUCAAACCAAAGUCGAUCAAUAAGACAGAUCCGGAUUCUAGUGCUUUCGAGAUGGUUCAAUAAGAAAUAUCUUCUUAGUUGUAUCGAGUAUCUAUCUGUAAACUAUUUAUAUUUUUCAAAAUAAGUUGAGUAAUUUUUUGUAUA